GAUUCACGCAGACCAGGAAGCAGAUCACGUGGAGUGAAAGUCAGGCCGCCGCGUAGAGACGGAGUUUCACUGCGUCAGCCAGGAUGAACACUUCUGCAUUUUAUAAAUGUUACUGAGAUUUUCUUGUAAGGAAGAAUUCAAUGUUGGGAGUCAAUUGCAUCAGAACAUUUCAAAAGAAUCUUUAGCCCAGGAUUGACUUCUGAAGACUCUUGGUCCAUGAGGAAGAAACCUGGAAGAGGAAGAGGAAAGCAAAGGAGUCAGGGAUGGCUCCUCCUCAGGGUCUACUGACAUUCAGGGAUGUGGCCAUAGAAUUCUCCCAGGAGGAGUGGAAAUGCCUGGACCCUGCUCAGAGGACUCUGUACAGAGACGUGAUGCUGGAGAAUUAUAGGAACCUGGUCUCCCUGGAUAUCUCUUCCAAAUGCGUGAUGAAGACAUUGUCAUCAACAGGGCAAGGCAAUACAGAAGUGAUCCACAAAGGGACAUUGCAAAGACAAGCAAGUCAUCACAUUAGAGAAUGUUGCUUCCAGGAAAUUGCAACAGAUAUUCAUGACUUUGUUUUUCAGUGGCCGGAAGAUGAAACAAAUGACCAUGAAGCACCCAUGACAGAAAUGAAAAAGUUGACAGGUAGUACAGACCGAUGUGAUCAAAUGCUUGCUGGAAACAAGUCUAUUAAAGAUCAGGUUGGAUCAAGCUUUCAUUUGCAUCUUCCUGAACUGUGUAUAUUUCAGCCCAAAGGGAAAAUUGAUAAUCAAGUGGAGAAGUCUAUCAACAAUGCUUCCUCAGUUUCAACAUCCCAAAGAAUUUCUUUUAGGCCCAAAACCCACAUUUCUAAUAAGUAUGGGAAUAAUUCCCUUCAUUCUUCAUUACUCAGAAAAAAACGGAAUGUAAACAUGAGAGAAAAAUCUUUCCAAUAUGUUGAGAGCAGCAAAGCCUUCAAUUGUAGCUCACUCUUUAAAAAACAUCAGAUAAUCCAUUUAGGAGAGAAACAAUAUAAAUGUGAUGUAUGUGGCAAGCUCUUUAAUCAGAAGCGAUACCUUGCAUGCCAUAGUAGAUGUCACAUUGGUGAGAAACCUUACAAGUGUAAUGAAUGCGGCAAGACCUUCAGUCACAAUUCAUCCCUCUUCAUUCACAAAGCACUUCAUACUGGAGAGAAACCUUAUGAAUGUGAAGAAUGUGACAAAGUUUUCAGUCGCAAAUCACACCUUGAAAGACACAAGAGGAUUCAUACGGGAGAUAAAUCUUACAAAUGUGAAGAAUGUGACAAACUUUUCAGUCACAAAUCAUAUCUUGAAAGACAUAGGAAGAUGCAUACUGGAGAAAAACCAUACAAAUGUAAGGUUUGUGAUAAGGCUUUCGUGUGUAAUUCAUACCUGGCAAUACAUACUACAAUUCACACUGGAGAGAAACCUUACAAGUGUAUUGAAUGUGGCAAGUUUUUCAAACAACGCUCAACCCUUGCACGCCAUCGUAGACUUCAUACUGGAGAGAAACCUUUUGAAUGUGAAGAAUGUGACAGAGUUUUCAGUCGCAAAUCACACCUUGAAAGACAUAGGAGAAUUCAUACUGGAGAGAAACCAUACAAAUGUAAGGUUUGUGACAAGGCUUUUGCGUGUAAUUCAUACUUGGCAAUACAUAGUAUAAUUCACACUGGAGAGAAACCUUACAAGUGUAAUGAAUGUGGCAAGUGUUUUAAUCAACAAUCAAACCUUGCAGGACAUCUUAGAGUUCAUACUGGAGAGAAACCUUACAAAUGUGAAGAAUGUGACAAAGUUUUCAGUCGCAAAUCACACCUCGAAAGACAUAGGAAGAUUCAUACUGGAGAGAAACCAUAUAAAUGUAAGGUUUGUGACAAGGCUUUCCAAAGGGAUUCGCACCUCGCACAACAUCAGAGAGUUCACACUGGAGAGAAACCUUACGCAUGUAACGAAUGUGGCAAGGUUUUUAGUAUAAAAGCAAACCUUGCAUGUCAUCAUAAACGUCAUACUGGAGAGAAACCUCAUAAAUGUUACAAAUGUGAAGAAUGUGAGAAAGUUUUCAUUUGCAAAUCACACCUGGAAAGACAUAGGAGGAUUCAUACUGGAGAGAAACCAUACUAUUGUAAGGUUUGUGACAAGGCUUUCUGGAGUGAUUCACACCUGGCACAACAUCAGAGAGUUCAUACUGGAGAGAAACCUUACAAGUGUAAUGAGUGUGGCAAGACCUUCCAUCGGAUAUUAUCCCUUGUAAGCCAUCGUAGAUAUCAUACUGGAGAGAAACCUUACAAGUGUAAUGAGUGUGGCAAGACCUUCACUAGAAAUUCAGGCCUUGUAAUUCAUAAGGCAAUUCAUACUGGAGAGAAACCUUACAAGUGUAAUGAAUGUGGCAAGGGUUUUAAUCAACAAGGACAUCUUGCACAACAUCAGAGAGUUCAUACUGGAAAGAAAUUUUACAAGCGUAAUGAGUGUGGCAAGACCUUCAAUCAGAUGUCAUUUCUUCUACACCAUCAUAGACUUCAUACUGGAGAGAAACCUUACAAGUGUAAUGAAUGUGGCAUGGAUUUUAAUCAACAAUCACACCUUGCAAGUCAUCAUAGACUUCAUACUGCAGAGACAUUUUUCAAAUGUGAAGAAUGUGACAAAGUUUUCAGUUGCAAAUCACAGCUUGAAAGACAUAGGAGAAUUCAUUCUGGAAAGAAACCAUAGAAAUGUAAGGUUUGGGACAAGACUUUUGGGAGUGAUUCACACCUGGCAAAACACACUAGAAAACCUUACAAGUGCGGGCCGGGCGCGGUGGCUCAAGCCUGUAAUCCCAGCACUUUGGGAGGCCGAGACGGGUGGAUCACGAGGUCAGGAGAUCGAGACCAUCCUGGCUAACAUGGCGA